AUGUCUUGUGAUCUAAGUGACCCCGCCAUCACAGUAGCGUAUGAAGAGAUCAUAAAUGGUCAAGACACCGAAUGGCUUAUCCUUGGAUAUAACGAUACAAGAGAUAAGAUUUCUUUAUACUCAAAAGGUUCACAUGGACUUGAGGGGCUUCGAAGUAAUUUAAAAGAUGAAGUAUUAUAUGGAUUUAUAAGGAUUGAAAAUAAAUUUGUUUUAUUAACUUAUGUUAGUGAACAAGUCAGUGGUGUAAGAAGAGCCCGUGCUUUAGUUCAUGGUAGAGCAGUUGGUGCAUUAUUCAAGCAGGCGCAUCAAAUACAAAUUAGUGCUUCAACACCAAACGAUCUUUCAGAAGCAAAUGUACGUAAUCGUUUGAAACUUGGCGAACCCGAUAAAUCCGAUGAAAUCAUCGAAAGAAAUCCAGGAGUUGCACAAGAAGAUGCGGAUAAAAAAGCAAACGAAGCGAUCAUUCAAAAACAAGCUGCAGAACAAGCUGCAAAGGAAGCAUUUCAAAAAAAAACGUCAGAAGAAAAAAACAAAAGAGCUGUUGCGUUAAAUGGUUUUCUUACUGUUCAAGGUGGAGGAGUUUAUUUUUGGAAACGUCGUUUCUUUGAACUUCGCGGAAAAACACUCUAUCUUUUCCGUGACGAGAAUGACAAACUUCCGAUCUCUAAACUUGAGCUUGAUGGACAAAUUGCCGGCGUAACAGAUGCACAAUCUGAAGUUUUGAUACUUAAUUCUUUUAAAGUUGAUUUCAAAACAUCAGAAGCCUAUUAUUUCUUUUCUGAUGAUAAAAAAGAUAAAGAAUCAAUUGUUACCGCUAUAGGAAGAUAUGUUAAAUAA